AUGGAAAAAUUAGAUUGCCGUAAUUACGUAGAAGCCAGCAAAAGCUUUAGCCUCAAGCACAAAAUUUACAUUAAUGCUAUGGAAGGCACAGCGGUUUACCAGUCUGAGGAGGAUAAGGAUUCAGACGCGGAGCAGAGUUCAACCACCGAGACCGCCACUGCCAAUGCUACCGCUGCAAGUAGCACCCAGAAGCGCACCGACGUGGAGGAGUUGGCGCUUGACCCCAACCAUAACUACUUCAUUUUUGCGGAGACUGCCAAGACCGACCAUACUAAGGGCCGUGAGGCUGGAAUGCGGGCGCGUUUCGAGCGCUGCAUCUCGCUGUGGAGUACCUCCACACCCGAAGCAGACCCUCCGCCUUCCGCAGCCCGUCUUUCGCAAAGCGGUGGGGUGGGCAAAACUACCACUAUAUCAACCGCUGAACCCGAGGAGGACUACGCCACAACGCUCAAACGUAAAUCUACGUUAAGACACCAGGCUAGUGAGAAGACUGAAGGUCGAUCACUUUCCCGAUCGAGUUCAAAGUUCAAGAGCGGAGGCAGUGGCGCUGGCGGUGAUGGCAGUGCAGGUGGGGGUGGUGGCAAUAAUGCUUCAGGGGAGGAUAUCCGGAUCCCCAUGUGCGGUCUCGUCAUCGGUGGAGAUAGGUUUACUCUGCGACAGGUCUACUGCUCAAUCAUGCAAAAUCAGUGUCCUAUGGUGGUGGCAAAGGGUACGUCUGGUGCUGCAGACGUUAUUGCCUUUGGUCUAGAGGCAGCCACGAAAAUGGAGACAGAAGAAAUUCUGGAGGACAAGGAGGCAAUUUCUUUAGAAACAAGAUUAGGUUCUGUGAUGGAACAAUUUCUGCGUGAAAUGCAUCCCGACUACUAUAACUUUGCAGAAGAAGUUUCCAUGCUGGCGGAGAUAAUAACCGAUUACGUCUCCCUCGUGCUCGUCUUUGACAUGGAAGAGGAUUCCGAUCUAGACGGCUACAUGAUAUCCUCUCUUCUGGCUAGCGCUGGCACUUCAACACCACCAGAUCAGCUUAACCUGGAACAGUUGGAAAUAACCCUGACCCUAAAUCGGGCCGACAUAGCCAGGGAGAAAAUUUUCCUUGAAAACAAACGGUGGAAGAAAGGUCAGCUUAACGACUACAUGUAUCAGGCGCUGAUGGGAGAUCGACACGACUUUGUGAAAAUCUUUCUUGAGCAGGGUUUCAGUUUGGAGGAGUUCCUCACUGUCUACAUGCUUGAAAGGCUCUACACAGACCAACUCAAGAAUAUGAGCUCGAAAGUGGCCAUUUUUAACAAAAUGUGGGAGUAUCAUCGUUCGCAUCGAGCCUCAAAGGUUACCCUUCGCGAUGUUGGAAAAGUAAUUAAAUCGCUGGUCGGCGACUUCUAUCAUCCGCUCUACUUGAGCAAGGAGUUUCAACAAAAGCUGGCUCCGGAGAAGUCUGACUUGGCAGUGGGCAUCAUUCAGCAUCUUGUUCGCUAUCAUGCAUGGUUCGCAUUAAAGAUUGUGAGAACUUGUUUCCAUCCCUUAUUUUCUUCUACCUUCUCCUCCCUACAAUUAAUAGCAGUUCUCCCGAACAAGUUUUCCAAGGGUCCACCCAGAACCCACCAUAACAAUCGGAAUCCUGGCGGCGGUGGUGGUGGUGGUGUCGGGGCAACCAGCACACAAGAUGUGGAUCCGCCUCACAAAUUCAAGGCCAUAUCGAUAUGUCCCAACGUCCUGGGUCUCCACGAGCCCGUCUCCUUUAUUGAUUUUUUCGAUGAACAUCCCAAGGUGAAGUAUAAGGCAGCAUCACUUUUGAAGCAGGAGAAAGGCGAGGCAGAAAACAAUCCCAAUGCGUCGGCCUCCCACCUCCUUUUCUCCUUUACAAAGGAUAACGAGGUGCAAAGUUCGCCAUGCUUUGACACUGCUGACAGUGCCACGCCCAGGGGUAUGCAACGCAGUUCCACGAGAACUACCACUUUGAGUAUGGAGCAGAAGUAUACCACAGGAGAGUCAAUUCAAAUGGUCAGUUCAGGGGAAGCUCAAAGUUGGGCUGCUCGUCAGCCUGAUUCCAUUCCCUCGGAUGGAGAGUACGAGGUGGAAGAGGAGGUGAAGGUUAAGAGAAGUCGAUUUGCUGUAACCCACAUAGGACUUGAUAAAAUUCAGUACGGCCGUUACCAAAAACGACGAAUAUCCUUUGAAAAAAUGAAGGAGAUUCAAGUAGCAUCGGGAAGAGGCCAGUACUAUGGAAAUCCCGCAUUCCUUGCACGCCAACAUCUAGCCUUCCAGUCGUCCGUAACCGCUCCGCUUGCGGUGGAUGAAAAAUACUCACGCCCAUCUCCACGAAUGCUUCGAGAAAAUUCAGUGGAAUCGACUUAUGAGUCUCAGCACACACAACAGCAGUCGAUGUCAGAGGAUGAAGAGGAUGAGGAAGAGGAAGAUGAAGAAGCAGUCGGAUUUGGGGGGAACUUAAAGCGUCGGUUCAUUGAAGCUCUUAGACGAAGGACCUCUAAGGAUCAUGAAGGUGGCGCACACUUAGAAGGUCUAGCUCCUGGAAACCUGCAGACGUUGAGGGCUGUUGCAGCACUGGCUGCUGUGGCAGGAGGGAUGGGCGGUGGCAGCACGGAUCCUGAAAAAACAGCAGCAAACGAAGAAGCUCGAAUAAAACUGAUUCAGUUUGAUAGACCAGCUCGGGAACUCCUAAUUUGGUCUGUCCUCGUUGGAAAACUGAGAAUGUCCGAGCUAUUUUGGACAAUGGAAAAGGAGCCAAUAGCGGCAGCUCUACUGGCCUCAAUUCUACUCUCUGCUUUGAGCAACAAAACUGACGAUUUUACCGACAAAGAGGACUACAAAAAUUACUCCAAGAGUUUUCAGGAAAAAGCUGAGGGUGUCUUAAAUGAGUGCUACCGCGAAGACGAGCAUCGUGCUCAGUUGAUAAUCAACCACGAGUUGGCCUACUACGGCCACAGUUCGGUCAUCAAACUGGCUGCUGAGGGACAAAGCAUCAAGUUUAUGGCGCAUCCCUGUUGCCAGGACUUUUUGACUAACACCUGGAAAGGCAAUCUCUCCUCGAAGAACAGCAUGUUCAGGAUGAUGUUUGGUCUCAUGUUUGGUCUUACCAUGCCACUGUUCAUUCCCAAAGUGCUCCUUUAUGAGCCCGAAGAUAAGCAAAGCGAGGCUGGGGAGGAAUCAAAUGAUAGUACUGAGCAGAAGGACGAGGAGUUGAGUGAGGAUGUUGAAUCACGUGUGAUGGUCAAGAGAAGCUUAACGACAAGUCUGCAGGUGGGAGCGAUGGAAUUUUGGGUGAAGAUAAAGGACUUCUACAUGUCACCAAUCGUGCGAUUUGUCUACCACACGGUGAAACUACCACUUUUCAAAAUUCCUAUCUCGAUAUACUUCUGCACAGUAUUUACCAAUGAUGAUAUUUUGUCCUCCUUCCAGAUUUCCUACGUCCUCUUUCUCGUCCUCUUCAGCUAUCUCCUCUUGGUUGACUUUAAAGUCAGAAUAACCGGUGUGGAGUACAUUGUCCUUGCCUGGGUCAUCACGCUUUUCAUUGAAGAAAUUAAACAGAUUGCUUGGGUAAGUGUUAUUGUUACUAAGGGCAUGUUUAAAUGUGUUGCUGUUGAAGAUGUUGGUGUCUGUUCGGUGCUGUCGGGUAUCAGUUUUUCAACCUACAUAUCUGAUGGAUGGAACAAGUUGGACUGUACAGGACUGAUACUCUACAUAGUUGGAUUUAUACUGCGAUUGAUUGUCCUGGCACGGCUAGGUGACUCGCAGCUCAAUCACGACACGGAGGCCUUUCACAUCCUCACCGACCCAAUCAUGGAUCCCUCGAGAAUAUGCAUGGCUUUUUCGCUCUUUGUUUUCUACAUCCGGCUCAUGUAUUCUUUUAGCUUCCACAUUGCCCUGGGGCCAAAACUCAUCAUGAUUGGGAAAAUGGUCACCAAUGAUUUGAUCCCAUUUAUGAUCAUCUUAACUGUCAUCAUGGUUGGCUACGCGGUGGCAGCUCAGUCCAUAGCUUAUCCCAACGGCUUCUACACAAGUGAACAACUCUCAAUCAAUGGAACUGUUCAAGGCAUGAAAUUUAUCGACACGAUCUUCUCAAUGUACACAACAGCCUACUUUCAAAUGUUUGGCGAUUUCAGCUUGGACACACUUCAAGGAGAGGAUCGCAACUGCCAAAAUGGAAUGUGUCCCACGAAAACGUCCAGGUGGUUGGUUCCAAUCAUGCUCGGAUUCUACGUUCUACUGACAAAUAUUCUCAUGUUCAAUCUCCUCAUCGCUAUGUUCUCAAAAACAUACGAAGAAAUCGAAAGCGCUUCAACCUACUACUGGAACUAUCAGCGCUACCAAAUGAUUGCUGACUACGUGAGGCGAUCACCAUUGGUGCCUCCGUUGAUCAUCUUUUGGCAUUUCUACGAGGCUUACAAGGCGCUGGGCAACCGUUGCGCAAGCAUUCGAAGCACUGAACAGAUUGAGAAUAACCCUUUCUAUGUAAAGAAGGAGCGGGAGAUGGUGAAGUGGGAACACAUGAAGGCGAUGGACUACCUACGCGAGCCGUCAACUAAGUCGGGUGGCAAGCGUGGCGGUGUGGAGUCCAGGGCCGUCGUAUUUCGCGGCGUCGGCGCCGGCAGCGGAAUGGGCCCAGGACCGGUGAUGGACCUCAAGUCCGAAAUGACGGCUGUCACUGAAGGGAUCGGAAUGGAACUGGAGAAGCGAUUCAAAGACCUGGAUGCACACUUCCAACGUUUUAAUGAAGUUGACGCUCGUCUAACCGAGGUUACUCAAACCCUCACCUCCCUUGGUGAAGUUGUUCGACAAGUCACAGCAACCCAAGAGGCAAUCAUGAAAAAGAUAGCCGAUUUGCCGACCUGCCAGUGCAUCGAACUAGUAGACGAACCCGAAAGUGCGGACGGCAAGGAUAAGUCUGGUGAAUCGCCCAAAAGGCGGACGAAACUUGAGGUUGCUGUGCAGUCAGCCCUGGAAGCCGCCAAAGACGUACUUCGACCACCCACACCACCACCUCCACCCCCAAUGGCGCCUCCGCCACCAAGGGAUCAGGAAAUUCCCAUCACCACCGGAGCUCCUGGCUCGGAGGCGGAGUCUAGCGGAACAGAGGACAGUGGUGGUGACCCCUCAGCCGAUCCUGUCCAAAUUCCGCCCGCAGUGGACUCCAACGCCGGUCGAACACUGCAACGCAAUAUCGCCGGUCAUAGACUGUGGCGGUUUGCGCCUUUCAACUUUGAAAAGUAUCCCGGCAUGCGGAUGAAUGUGCCGCCGGAUAAGACCGCCUGGACAACACGAUAUCCCGAUUAUUUUGCCUACGACUCAUCUGAAGAGACUGUGCUGUAUCCAGAUGAGACAGCUCACGAUGGAGAAAAUUUCCAACACGGCGUCAGUUUCGGCAGUUCAGCCAUCCUCCGAAGCAUUCCCUUCAAUACUUACGACUCGAAGAACCACAUUCGUCGCCAGAGCCUCCUGGGUCGCUACCGACUGGAUCCCAACACCGGAGCUCCCCUUAACCCCAUGGGGAGAACAGGGCUUCUGGGAAAGGGGCUUCUCCCUCACUGGGGUCCCAAUCACUCCAUUGUUAUUGUAGUGACUCAAUGGAGCCGCAAUCCAAAGUCGGGAACCCCUGUGUUGAGGGGGAACAAGGGGGUACUACAGGUGAUUGCUCUCGAACGCAACAAACGCUUCUGCUUGCCUUGGUUCUUUACUGACCACGAAAGCCGCUGUGACUACGAUGAGUGCGUGCCGACGGUGGUGCGCGCCUACUUCGCUCAACGCGCCCGCGCCGUGUGCUCCGAGAAGCGCGCUGAUCGACUACUGCGGCGGCUUGAUAAGGCAGAUGUUACUCAGAUAUUCAAGGGAUACCUUGAUGAUCAGCUAAAUGCUGAUGGUGGGUGGCUGGAAACCGUGGUCCUCAACUUCCAUGAGGGUGAAGGAAGGGGAGCUCAAUUUACCGACGAUAUUCUCAAGGUCUUUGCCGAAUCAGUUGCCGAUGAGCGCGUUAGGUGGAUCGAGGUGGCACACAAUAGCAAUCUGCGGACCAGUCACAAUUACAUUCUCAAGAGCGUUGCUGAGAUAAAGGGUGCCUUCUAUUAG